ACUCUCCCUUAUCCACAACAAAGGACCACCUCCCAUGCAUACAAGUUGCAACCCAUUCAAGUGUAUAAACACUAUUAACCUUCUUCCUUGUUUUCACGUUCAGUCAUAUACAUUGGCUCCCAUGGGAAUAACUUUCUUUGCAUGCAUAGUAACCACUCAUGACUUCCCCUCCCACUUCCAUUCUCAGUGGACUUGUGGGACUACAAUGCAAGUGAAUAUAAAGACUAGUUUAGAACCUUCAGAAACUCAAAAACUAGAGAGAAACACAAUGGCAUUGCUUCUAUACCAUCUCCUGCUAUUCUCCCUCAUUUUCAAUCUAACCACUUCUGAUGAUCCCAUUGGGCAGUACUGUGACAAUAGUUUCACCAACAAGAAGCUCAACCAAAGCAUCAAUACAGUGCUUACUGAUCUCUCAACCAAGGCCUCAAUCGGCGGCUUCGCAACAUCAUCCUCCGGCCAAGGUCUCUCUCUCGUCUACGGCCUCGCACAAUGCCGGGGAGACGUCAGCAAAGAUGACUGCUCUGCAUGCCUUACCAACGCCUCAAUUGCACUACCAAAACUCUGCCCAAGCGAAGCUGAUGCUAGACUUUGGUAUGACUACUGCUUCAUACGGUAUAAUACAAAGAACUUCAUUGGUGAUUCAGAUACAAGUUUUGCUAUCAUUCUCUACAAUGUAGAGAAUGUCACAGACUCCGAAGGGUUCGACGAGGAAGUCGGUUCAUUGAUGAGAAAGGUUAGAGCUCUGGCAGUGAAACCAGGGAAUGGAGAGUUUGGUAGAGGAACGAGUGUGUUUAAUCCAUUUAUAACUAUAUAUGCAUUGGCACAGUGCACUAAAGAUUUGCAGCCAUUGACUUGUGCACAAUGCUUGUCUUCUGCUGUGGAGAAGUUCCCUGACUAUUGCACCCAUAGAAAGGGUUGCAGAGUUUUAUACAGUACUUGCAUUGUUAGAUAUGAGAUAUAUCCUUUCUUUUUCCCUCCUGGUCUUAGCCAUGCUGGAAAUGAUCAUCACUAUCUCAUGACAAGCUUGCAUGCUUAGUGUAUUACACUAUUAAUUACUAGUAUGUUGUUUAUUAUGGACUGUUUGAAUAAGUUUGGACAAUGAAGUUGUUCAUUCAUUGUAUCAUAUGAACCAUUUAGGUGGUGCUAAGUUUCUAACCAAGUGCUUGUUAGACUGCCUUACUAAUCUCUUUGAAUUUGAUUUUAAUUGAUAUUUUAUAAGGUCAAAA